CAUGAUUUUAGCUUCUUUACUUAUUUAUUAUUUUUUAAAAGCUUAUUUUUCAUAUUUCAUGAGUCAUUAGUCUCAAUAGUUAAUUGAUAUUUUGAAUUGUUAGUAAGGGAGUACGUCGAUUACUAGAUUUCCUUCUUAUGAUUUAGGUUUUCUUUUAAUUAUUGAUAAGAUCCUUAGGUUAGUUUUCCUAUUUUACGUUUAAGUUAAUUUUCCUAUUUGGUAUUAUCUUUAUAUAAAGCAAACAUAUGUGCUCUCUUAUACUUGGUUUUUAUAUAAGUUUUGAGACUUAGUUCUCUCUGCAAAGAGCCUUUUGAUUACAAUCUUUGCAAAGCUUGAGAUCAUAAGACCUAAAAGAAACAAUCUCGUGUUUGAUUGAAUCUUUGCCUUGUCCCUUACGCUUGCUGCAACACAUCAUACAUCCGUCGUCCUUCAUCUCCACCGUUGGGCCUGUUACCUCCGGAUCCAAGCCUAGGUGGAUACUCCUGUUGACCUGAUUAUGAGUAUCAACAGAGAAGAGGCUCUUAGAGUCAAAGAGUUAGCACAAGGUUUGAUGAAAAAGUCUGAUUUCACCGCUGCUCGUCAGCUUGCGAUGAAGGCUAACAAAAUUGAUCCCACCAUGGAGAACAUGACACACAUGACAAUGGUGUGUGAUGUGCACUGCGCUGCAACAGAGAAGCUUUUCGGGAAAGAGCUGGAUUGGUACGGUAUACUUCAGGUUGAUGACAUGAACGCUGAUGAUACAGUGAUCAAGAAACAGUACAGAAGGCUGGCGCUUCUUCUCCACCCUGAUAAAAACAAGCUCCCCGGUGCUGAGUCUGCUUUUAAACUGAUUGGUGAAGCUCAGAUGAUACUUUUGGAUAAAGCUAAAAGGGAUUUUUAUGAUAUUAAACGUAAAGCUUGGAGGAAUCCUCCUGCACCUAUACCAGUGUAUAAAACCCAGCAGGGGCCGAGGAACCGUGCGCAGCGGGCAAGCGUUAAUUAGCUCUUCCUUGUCGUAACAUUGUAUUCUCUUUAUUAAUCAUUCUUUGAAUUUAAAGUUUUUUUUUUUUGUUUC